AUGGACGUCGUCGCCGUGGCAUCACCAAGUAUUUACUUGCAGGACCUGGUGAGUUUUGGGCGCGGGUUCCUCCGCCAAGGGACAGUUAUCAAGGACGCUACCGUGGAGAACAGCUCUCUCCCCGUCGACACGUUCCGGAUCCUUCUCAUCGACAACUCUGUCGUGUAUAAGAACGCCGGGGACAUCAGGGUGCUCGACAGGAACCACCUACACCCCGGCCAGGUUGUUGGGUCGGCGUCCGACAUUGCCGGCCAGAUCGGCGUCGUCACCGGCGUCACCACCCUUCUGGUCCUGGCCGAGCAUGACAACCGGGGCAUGGCGACCGGGGUCAUCAAGGGCGUGUGUCCGUCAAGCCUGCGCCGAAUCAGCAGCCUCAGUCUUGGCGACUUCGUCGUGUCUGGGCCGUGGCUCGGCCGUGUUGUCGAGGUAUCUGUCGAUGUCGACGUCCUUUUCGAUGAUGGCGCUGUCUGCAGGCAACAAAUAAACUGCGACUUCUACCCAGGGCAGAGCGUGAAAAAAGAAAACUCGUGUUCCCUCUUUAAAGCGGCACGAUGGCUUAACGGCUACUGGAAUCCUGAUCGCGACAGAGGCACCAUCAUCAAGGUGGAGAUGUCUGGCGUUCUCGUCUACUGGAUUGCAUCGAUGCAUUGUGGCACGGACAGAGAGCUCGUUGAGGCAUCCGCUCCACCAGCGUACCAGCACCCUGAUGAACUGACAUUAUUCUGCGCCGCGUCUAGUUGCAGCUGGUGGGUAUCUGACCAAUGCUUCUUUCGAGAACCUAGGUCGGCCAAAACUGAUGAUGAUAAUGGAAAUGUGGCUAUAGCUCACGAUCAAGAGGAGGAGGAGGAGGAGGACGACGACGACGACCCAUGCUCUGAAAACAAUGAGGAUGUGAUUGAUUUUGACCAAGAUGCACCAAGUGCUCAUGACGUACCACCCACACCAACAAAGCAGAACGGUGUGAUCUUUUACGGGAAGCAGCUGAGGAAGGUAUUCUUUGAGGGACACAGGCGGGAGCGACGCCCACAAGUCAGGAAGCAUGUGGAGUUGGAGUUUCCCAUGACCGUCGUCAGCACCAACACCUCUGUCGACGUGCUAUGGCAGGAUGGCACCCUGCAGCAUGGCGUACCUUCAGCGAGCCUCGUCCCCUUUGAUGUAAUGAAUGAGCAAGAGUUCUUCCCUGGAGAACACGUCGUUGAGAAUGAUACAGCCGUUGGUACUAAUGGUGACAAGGAUGGCACGACAAAACGUGUGGGCAUCGUCAGGAGCCUGGACUGCAAGGACCAGACGGUUUGUGUGUCAUGGUUGAAGGCGGGGAUAUGCCCUGGCGAGGCUAGAGAGGUUGAGUGCAUUGAGACCAUAAGCGCAUAUGAUCUCAAAUUGAACUACUCACCCUACUACGGAGAUAUAGUUGUCCGCCUUGUUCGUUCAGAAUCAACGAACAACGGUGGUGCUAGUGUGGCCUUAGAUGGCAAGAAGAAGAAGAAGAAGAAGAUUGCCGCCGAUGUUGACCUUUCAUGGGUGGGGCAUGUUGUUAACCUUCCUGAUGGACAUGUCCAAGUCAAGUGGGGUGAUGGUAGUAUGUCAACGGUGUCGCCACAUGAGAUCGUUGUCGUCAACGAGGGGCACUACAUGGAGUUGACGAAUGAAAUGGGCGACUGGGUGGAGGCUGACGGCCUAGAUGAAGAGGCUACUAGCACGGACAAUAAUGAUCCGCAUAACCCAGCCAACUAUAGCGAUGUCGAAAACGAAGACCCAGCAGCGACGACGACAAGCAUUUUGGGUUUUGUAGUCCGGUCAUUGCUCCAAUUGACCGGUGACAUGGUGGCUCGAGGUAAGAGAUACCUGACUAAUCGCCAGCCGCCGCCCUCAUCGUUGCUACCAAGCUCAGAGGUACCUGCGCCCACGAAUGAUGAUAAUAAUUGUGGUGCCCCGUUUCAAAAAAAUGAUAUCAUUGGUGGUGAGGCAACGGAGAACGUCGCUGCUGCAUGUGACAAAUCGUUCAGCUUCCCACGUUUCGAUGUAUUACAGAUCACCCCUGAGGAUCACCAUUACCUUGACGACGCAGACCAGGAAAUGCAGGGCGGUAGUCAUGGGAAGAAUUGGGCCAAGGCAGUGCAAAAGGAAUGGAAAAUUCUAGAGAACGACUUACCAGAAACCAUCUAUACACGAGUGUUCGAGGACCGCAUGGACCUGCUCCGGGUGGUGAUGGUGGGCGCGAGCGGGACGCCAUACCAUCACGGACUCUUCUUCUUCGACUUGCAGCUGCCAUCGUCCUACCCGGCUGAGCCACCCCAAGUGUAUUACCACUCCUACGGCCUACGCCUCAAUCCAAACCUCUACGAGUCUGGUACCGUGUGCCUCAGUUUGCUAAACACGUUCAAUGGCGAGGGCACCGAGCUUUGGUCAUCAGUGACAUCAAGCCUCCUCCAAGUUGUUGUCUCCAUCCAAGGCCUUGUCCUCAACGACCAACCAUACUACAACGAGGCCGGAUAUGAGACCCUAGUUGGCAAACCAGAGGGUCGUCGCAAUGCGCUGCCCUACAGUGAGAAUGCUUACAUUCUCAGCCUCCGGACCAUACUUCAUGUGUUGCACCGGCCGCCUCAAGGAUUUGAGGAAUUCGUCAAGGACCACUUUCGCCGACAGGGAAGGUUUGUACUCAUGACAUGUAAUGCGUGCCUGCGGGGAUGCGUUGUCGGUGAUGCCCAUGCCACCGAAGCGAUUAGGGAACAACAAUGCUCAGCCGGGUUAAAGCUUGCGCUCGCCAACAUGUUGCCCAGCCUCCUGGCAGCCUUCAUAGAGAUCGGUGCCGAGGGAUGCGAAGAGUUUCAGAAGUCAUAUGCUCUCAGUCCCGCUCACUAGACGUAUGCCACUGCUCUGGCCAAGUCGCUUGAUCUUGUAAUUAC